GGGAAGGGGGAGGAGAGGCGGCGGAGUGCGCUGCCUCCCGAGUAAUCAAACAGGGGGAGAGAGGAACGUGCGGAGGAAGGGAGGGAAGGACGGGCCGGGCUGGGGAGGGUCCCGGUCCCGGUCCCGCCCGCCUCGGAGCGCUCGCGUCGCCUCCGCGCCGGGACCGCGGGGAGAGUCGCUUGGGGCGGCCGCCACCCGCCAGCCCCGCGCCCCGGCUCAGCGCCCAUGUGCUCCCGGCAGCCGCGGCGGCCAGCCCCCGCGCCCGGCCUGUCAGACCUUUGACUUCAUGAUGGGAGGAAACAUCCACCCGGCUGUUAGGAUCCAGGCUUCUCCCAGCGCAGGGAUUUGUCAAGGCUGAGAGACUCUGAAUUAUACAUAAACCUCUGAAACACACAGCUGCUUUUCUGUCUCUCCAUCGCGAGGGGCCUUGGAGCAGAUACAAAAAUGGCAUCCAGCCUCACCUGUGCCGGCAUCGUCUGGGCCUUCCUCUCCUUCCUCUGCGCUGCCACCUCCUGCGUGGGCUUCUUCAUGCCCUACUGGCUCUUGGGGUCUCAGCUGGAGAAGUCGGUUUCCUUCGGCACUUUCCGGAGGUGUUCCUACCCGGUGCGGGACGAGAGCCGCCAGACGACUGUGAUGGUGGAGCAGUGUGGCCGCUACGCCUCCUUCCAGGCCAUCCCGAGUGCCGAGUGGAGGAUCUGCACGGUGGUGACGGGCCUUGGCUGUGGGCUGCUUCUCUUGGUGGCCCUGACGGCACUCAUGGGCUGCUGCGUGUCUGAGCUCAUCUCCAGGACCGUGGGAAGGGUGGCAGGAGGCAUCCAGUUCCUGGGGGGUCUGUUGAUCGGCUCUGGUUGUGCCCUCUAUCCUCUUGGCUGGGACAGUGAAGAAGUCAGACAAACCUGUGGUAACCUUUCCAACCAGUUUGAAUUGGGGACCUGCCACAUCGGCUGGGCCUACUACUGCACAGGCGGGGGCGCGGCGGCCGCCAUGCUGGUGUGCACCUGGCUGGCCUGCUUCUCGGGCAAGAAGCAGAAGCAGUACCCCUACUGAGCCGGGCCCGGGACACGGGCGCUGCCACACACCACGGGCUCCCCGACGUCUUCUGGAUAAGGACGAUGAACGACAAAUUUUUAAGUGCUUUCUCUCUGGAGUGGGCGUGAGGUGGGAUGGCUGGUGGACCAAAGGUGGGCAGGGAGGUGAACAGCAGUGCAAAGCCACCCAAAGGGACAGGUUUUCUCACCUGAGCCUGCUCCACAAAACUUUAAGCAAGGAAAACUACUCUUUGGCAAAUGGUGAAAUUCUGCGUGUGCCAGUUAAUGGAGAGGUUGGUGAGGGGCCGGCGGUGCCCAGAGGCUGGGGCAGCGCGCGGCAGCCCCUCAGCGCGGCGCUCCCGAAAGCACACACGCAUGCACAGAUGUUGACCAUGGCACAAAAUGAGUAAAGAGGAAACUUUUUUUGGUGCGAUUCUUUCUGCUUUUCCUUUUUUUUUUUUUCCCUUUGGUUUUUGGUUUUGGUUUUUUUUUUUACUUCUCUCUGGUGGUUUAAAAUUCAGUGUUGCAACACUUUUUAAUCUAUACAUUAAACUUAAUAAAAGGACCAAUAAGCCACUUUAUCAGUAUUUUGUAUAUUCUCUACACAUUUUUCUUCCUCAGACAUUUAGCCACUGCUUAUUCAGCCCUAUAUAACUUUUAUUAAGCCUCUGUGUUUUCAGCAUUAUUACGAAGAUGCAACAUAAUUACAUGGCAUAUGUAGCCUUUCCCUAUAGUACUUUUAUGAAGUGCAGUAAAUGGACGUUUUUCUGUCCAUUGGAAAUUCCACUCACGGUACUGUAGAGCUCUGUUGGUUAUGUACAACUAACAGGAAACUUCUUCCAGACAUAGAUUUCUGUUUCUGUUAUGUUUAGCUCAUUGAUGUCGUAUUGUGCUGUACCAUGUUUAUUAUUUCAAUAUUCAUUUUUGUAAAAAAAAUAUAUAUAAUAUGUGCUAUUUUAUGUUUGUAUUUGAAAAAUCUCUGUAAAUAAAUUUUUCCUUAAUCAAUACUUGCAA